GAAAAUAAAUUAUAGUAUAGUAAUCACCUAGUGUUCUUUUUUCCUUGCUGCGGUACAGACUUCAUCUCCGGAGUUUCCUUACUGUGUUACAGACGUCAUCUCCGGGUUUUCCAGUAAUGCUGAGUAUUGUACUUUUGAUAUAUAUCAUCGAUGCAAUAUGUUAUAUAAAUACCUCAGAUAGGUCAGCCUUCUUCGAUGGAGUGAACAUAAGCAGUUCACAAAUUUCUUCAUUGCAACCGUUUCUUCUAUGGGAAACAAAGUGCACGUCAACACAACGAUGUGCAGUUAGAUGUUUAGAGACAAUAACAUGCCUUUCCUUUAUCAAACAUAGACAGUCUGGUGUGUGUCAACUAUUUUCUGCUAAUGUUAACAUUACAUCUGGAAUAGCCUCCCCUGAUACGAAGAUUUACCAUAAGCAAGUCUCUUGUGAAGAACUUGGCUACAUCAGUUUGACAUCCACAAAGAAGUGCUUGAAGCUGUAUGCCACGCCAACACUUUCAUGGAUAGAUGCAAAUUCCACCUGUGCAUCUGCUGGUGGAAAACUUUUCAGUAUUUCGUCGGCCUCAAUGUUUAGCGAUGUACUUAAUGCAAUCGCCCAAUAUGACUCAACUUUUAAGACGUUUUUCAUCGAUGGAAAUGAUAUUGAGGCAGAAACAAACUGGGUAUUUUCGGACGGAUCCUCUAUGUCUUUUCUACCUUGGGAUAAUGGCCAACCUAACUUAAGAAACAAUGAAGACUGCAUGCUUGUUAUCAAUGAAAAAUAUCACGAUGCACCAUGUACUAUUUAUUUGCAAAAGUUUAUUUGUGAAAGAGAAUUUACAAUGACACUAUAAAGUUUUUGGAUAUUUUGAAGUAGAUGAAUUAACAGUAUUUUAUACAAACUUUCCACGCAUUAACAUUCGUGUUUCGGCAUGAUUAAUAGCAGUCAAGUAGCGUUUUCAUAGAAAUUUUGAAAGAAAUAUAGUGUUUAAUAAUCAAUCCAUUUUAUGACUGUUUGCAAACCGAAUAAUAAAUUUUCAUUACCAUUGAAAA